GAGAGAAUGAGGGACAAACCCCACUACACAACAUUAAACUAGUGGAAAGGAGGGCGGAAGUGGAGUAUGACAAAAGGUUCAGAGAGAAAACAAGUGACAUGAUGAGAGGAGGAGGGCCUAUAGUAGAGGGAGCUACAGAGGUAGAGGAACAUAUAGAGAGACAUACUAUAUUUGGGGGCCAGGCCGUGAAACGGAACCCUUUGGAGCUGUGAUCAGCUCCAGCGUUCUGCUAGCCUAGCCUCCAUUCCUCUCCAUUCACCUGGGAGUAUGACUCACUACAGAAGAUGACAGAGAUGACAGCUYUUGAAAACCUAGCCCUGAUCUGGAGCCUGUGGACGGCAGUGAUCUUCACAGCUGGAGUUGAUGAGCACCUUUGCCCCAAAGGAGCCCAGGUCCAUCUGGCCAGUCUGCAAUGCUAUUGGCUGUCAGAGUCAGCGACAUCAUGGCUGGAGGCGAAGGGUACCUGUCGUCAGGUGAAGGGUGGGGAUCUAGCCACAGUCCGAAGCACUGAAACUCAGACAUUCAUCCGCAACUCCUUCCCGUCAAAAUCCACUGAGUGGGUCUGGCUGAGGGAUGGCAGGGGAGAAGGGCCGGAUAGAAGCGAGGGUUUGGGAACAGAAAGCCACCCUGGGUGGGACAGGGACAGGGAGAGCCUGGGGGGCUGUACCCAGAUGGCCCUGGGUUCACCAGGACAGAGGAGGAAGACAGUGUGUGAUGGACAGUACCUCUUCCUCUGUGAUAAGGUGGUUACAGUUUCCCUGCCUUCGUUAGACAGCUACCUCACAGGUGUUCCUCUCAUGUCGGGUGUGUACGCCAGMUCACAGCUACAAGUCCUCCCUACAGUCCCAGACCCUGACCAAAAGAGAGUGGAGAUGCUGCUGUUUCCUGGGCUGUGGUUCAGCCAUGCUGGCCAGGUGGUAUCAGUGGAGCUGGUCAGCCAGCCCAGAGAAGUGUCCACCUUGGUCAGAGUUCAGAUCCUCCGGCCCUACUGCAGCCCCCACCAUCACCUGGUGCCCCCAGGUUGCAGUUCUCUCCUGAACCCGUUCAGUUGUUGCUCUAUCACCCCUCUGUGUAACACUACGGGAGGCUGUGCCCUGGGACAGUACUGGUGCCACCUGUUGGAGGCCUGUGUCCCUGUCACCAGCCCCUGCAGUCCCUACAACCAGUCCCCCUCUACAGGGGAGCACAGCUACCCCCUGCCCCCCAGAUACCCUGACAUACCCCCCUUUUACCACCUGGUGGCAGACCUGCCCAUGAGAGUGGCUCCUUGCUUAGAGCCUGCUCAUAUUAGUAUCCUGCCAGAGAGGGAGAUCAGUGUUUACCCCGAUGACAUUCUGUCCAUCCAACACACCGGGAGACCUGGAACCUUCCUGAGUUGCCGCGACAACGCCUCCUCAUCCUCCUCCCCCUGGCGACAAAGCUACCUCUCCCUGCAAGGGGCGGAGUGGGGGGGCUGGUGGGAGGGGGGCCUCUCGUCCCCGCCGGAUGGAGGGCAGUGGGUGGACGGGGUGGUGUGCGACCUACGGGUGCUGUACGUCGACACACUGCACGGGCAUGGCUAUAUUUCAAGUACGGGCCAGAGUGAACUUAGUGGCUUCACUCACAUUGGGAACAUCAGUACGCCCAUAAGUAUGACCCCUGAAACCUCAGCUCCUGCCCCAGCAAAAAGUCAAAUUUCUGGCCUUUGUAUGAUCCAUCCUCUGCCUGAUGGAGACAACCAGAUCCAUAUAUUGGUUGACACUCCUAUACUCAUUGUGGUUAAAAUAUUCUCUGGAAAAGGGGCCACCAGCUCCUGGUUGGCUCCGGUGCUCCAGACAGGGGUCCCCUUCCUCCCGUCCUGCCCAGGAGAGUUACCUGACUCCUGGCCUGGUUGUGAGAGAGACUACCCUGACAGCUGGUUCUCCCACAUGUCCCUGGUGCUACCCUCAGUGGGCGUCCACACUCUAAACGUCAGUGCUGUGAAUGGAGUGAGUGAACAGAGUACCUGUGUACAGGUGUGUGUCUAUGAGCCGGUGGCUGGGCUCAGUGUAGAGCCACAUGGACAUCUGAGGAUGCUGGUGGACUUGUCACAGGCAUUUACAGCCACGGCAGAGACUGGUUCCUCAGUAAAGUACACCUGGGUGAUUGACGAGCUGGAUAACUUUUCCUAUGAGGGAGACACCUAUAGUGUGAUGUUCAAGAAGCCAGCUGAGUACAAACUGAAGGUGACUGCAGCCAACCCUGUGAGCUCCCAGACCCUAGAGGUCACUCUGACUGCUGACACCAUGACCCCUCUGGCAGACCCAGAAUUUCUCUCUGUCAAGGAGGUUAUCGCUGUGGCCGCACUGCGUCUCUACACUUUCAGGGUCAAAGUUGAUGUCUCRCUAGGCGUCACUUUCAGGUGGUCUUUUGGGGAUGGCAGUGCCCAGGAAAACCACACCUUUCCUGCCCUGUCUGAGUCCCAGGACAGGCCAGUGGAGCGAGGAGUGAGACAGGUGUAUGUGCAAGACUCUGUGAGCCACGUCUACCUACAGCCAGAUGACUACACACUGACUGUACAAGUCUACAACCAAUACGACAACAUCAAGGGYGCCAUAUCACUGAAGGUACGGCCUCCAUUGACUCGUAUACUCAUCUCUCCAUCUCCUCCGGUUCCCCUGGUCAACCAGASCUUUCUUCUAGAAGCCACUUCACACCCAUCUCACGACGGAAUCCUUUACACUUGGAACUUUGGGGACGGUUCAAAAGAAAUCCAAGGAUUCCACGGCAAAGUUAGCCAUGUUGCUCGGACCACUGGGGUUUAUAACAUGACUGUGUGCGCUAACAACACCUUGACUGCACUGACAGCCUGGGUAGCUGUGGCAGUGGUGGAGAAGGUAUCUGGUCUCCAGUUGAGCUGUAGUGGACCCAGUGAACUGAAGUCUGUAACUGAAAUCAAGGGCAAAGUGGCUUCAGGUUCCAGUCUUCACUGGGACUGGACCUUUGGUGAUGGGUCUGGACAUAAAAACAUCACAGACAACUCUGUAUCCCAUGUCUACGAGUCCCCAGGGAGUUACACGGUCAAAGUGACUGUGUCUAACGCAGUCAGCCAGGCUAGCCAGUCCAUCCGUCUGGAAAUCUACAGGUUGACCAUCAGUGGAAUUCUGCCAUCGAAGUGUUCCYAGACAGAGAAAGAGAUACAGCUCCAAGCACUGGUGAACGGGAAUGUUUCCAUGCUGACUUUCCAUUGGAAUUUCGGGGAUGGAUCACCUUUGUCAGUACAGAAUGGAAAUUCUGUUGUUACUCACACUUWUUCAAACUCUGGGGUUUAUAACGUUAACGUAACUGUUCUCAGRAUAGUAGGAUAUGUCUUUUAUGAUGCCAACGUUUGCAUUGAGGCCCCCAUUACUGGGAUAACCAUCCACCCAUCACAGGAUGCUGUGGCAGUAGGAAAAGAGGUGUGUUUUAAUGCAGUUGCUGCCCCCAAAAGACAGCCCACUGGAUAUCAGUUUCUGUGGUUCAAUCAUUCAUCCAACAGCUCUCCUAUAAGAGGACUGGCUCAUCAUUGCUUUGUGUAUAAGGAGGAAGGGAUCCAUGAUGUUUCAGUGAUGGCAAGUAACAAAGUCAGCCAGAGCAUAGCCAAAGCCACUGUUGCUGUGCAGCAGCCUGUGAGUAAACCAUCCAUAGCACACAGCAGUCAAAGCAACACACUGACUGUCAAUGAGAAGAUGACACUUUGGGUCAAGCGUUGCCCUGGGACCAAUGUUUCUGUGCAGUGGGACUUUGGUGACGGCUCACCACUGGCAAAGAGUCAAAAUGUUUCCCAUGUCUUUACUUCCGCUGGCAGGUUUACAGUCAAGGCCACAGCUUCUAAUGCAGUUAGUCUGGAUUCUGUUAACCUGGAAGUGAACGUACUGCUUCCUGUGUCAGACCUGAAGCUGAAAAUCAGCCAGCCAUUUGCAGUAGUAGGGGAAAAGACUGUCAUAACAGCAGUUGGCAAUGUUUCAGGUAAUGUCAAUUUCUACUGGUCAGUGGAUGGCACUGAUACCACUGAGCUUGGGAUGUCUCACUUUCAGUAUGUGUUUCUUAAAGCAGGUGUGUAUCAGGUCAAAGUCACAGCCCAGAACCUGGUGAGCCAACAGGAGGCAGCCAUUUUGAUUAUAGUUUUAGAGAGAAUACAAGGGCUUCAAUUCUCAAGUCUGAGCCUGACAUCCAUUAGCUACAUACCAACCAGAGAGAGUGUCUUGCUCACUGCGUCAGUAACACAUGGCUCCAAUGUCACUUACCAUUGGCUAGCCAACCAGAGAGGUGUGACCCAAACUGGCAGUGUUGGUGAGCACUUUGUGUGGUCCACUGAAACUCCAGGUAAUAUAUCUGUUGAGUUGACAGCUUCCAACGGACUUGGCAAGACAACCAGCCGUGUUUCUCUAAAGGCAGUAGAGCGAGUUUCAGGGGCUAGAAUGUCAACAGCUAGGGACACCAUACCAUUAGGGAAGUAUAUCAACAUCUCUGUAACUGUGGAGACUGGAUCUGACCUCRGGUAUCUCUGGAAUGUGAACUCAGACCUUUCCCCCUUACAGACGGAUGUUCCUUUUCUUCUUUACAUGUUUGAGACUCUGGGUUCUGGUUCUGUCAGUGUGUCGGUCCAGAAUGUUCUCAGUUCAAGCAACGCCACCAAACAUUUCACAGUUCAGGAGGAGGUUAGAGAGGCAGACUUUCAGGUAGGUGGCAAGACACAUCCAUUCUUUAUAACGUCCAAUACUCAAGUUGCACUCUAUGGAUAUGUCAAUAAAGGGAAUGAUCGGCACUGGGAGUGGAAAGUUGUUGGGUGUACUGGAGGUGCUGUGGUUUUGGACAACAAUCAGUCAGUUAUCUAUACCUUUACAGAUUUAGGGGUCUAUAAUGUCUCUCUGAACGUCUCUAAUGGUAUUAGCUGGCAGGCAGUCUCACACAGAGCCACCAUCCAGGAUGCUAUUCAGGGCUUGACUCUAAACCUUAGCAGGUCUACGGUCUGCGCUGAAGAUCAUAUUGCUUUUACACCAUUCGUUUCCAAAGGAACCAAUGUCAGCUUCUCUUUAGCCUUUGACGAAGUUGAGCCAUCAUAUGACCUUGUUGAGGUAAGCUUCACCACCUCCACCCUCCCAGUUGGGUCUCACUCUGUCACAGCCCGAGCCUGGAACCAGGUGAGCAACUCCCAGGUGUCAUUGACCGUCCAGGUGGUUGAGAGGAUCGGGGGCCUACGACUGGUCAACUGCUGUUCCACUGCUCUAGAAGCUCUAAAGGAGGUCCCUUUCCAAGCAAAUGUCAUGAGUGGUUCUCCAACCGAUUACACCUGGACGAUCCAAUUAGAAGGGAUCCAGCCCUUACAUGUCAUUGGACAGGAAGUGAUGUAUAUCUCACCCGGAAGUGGUUCGUUGUCUGUGGGUGUGAUGGCUAGCAAUGGCUUCUGCUCUGAAACCCUGAAUGAGACAGCCAUUGUUCAGUUGCCCGUGAGGGAGGUCACGAUUGUUUGUGAUUCUACAGAAACCUUUAGAGGCUAUAGUGUCAGAUUCUCAGUCAGAGUAGAUGGUGGCAGCAAUUUGAGGUUUCAAUGGGGCUUUGGAGACUCAAGUGAAGGAGUUGUCAUCACAAAAUCCAAUACAGUGGACCACACAUAUCUCACUGCUGCAAAAUAUAUUGUUCAAGUCACAGCUUUCAAUAAUGUCAGCCAGGUCUCCACACAACUGCUCACUGAGGUGAGAGAACUCCAGUGCUCACUCCCUCAGGUCACUUUAGUCCAGGGCCAAUCCACAAUCCUCAAGUCUAGAUCCAGCUACUUUGAAGCAAGCGUAGACAUCAAAGGCUGCACCGCAUACAAGACCAUGUACCUAUGGGAAGUGUUUAGGGGGAGUGGCUGUGGAGCUGACAAGACUGACAGCAAUCUGGUAACCCAAAGCAGUGGGCACCCAGUAAUCCAGAACAGCAGUGGACAUCCAGUAACCCUGAUUAACCUGGUGGGUGUGACUACACCACUGUUGUCCCUCCCUAAGCAGGCCCUGGAGGUGGGCCAGUACUGCCUGGGGUUCACUGUCUCUCUCCAGGGAACCCCUCUACGUCUGCACAGGACGUCCAGGCUGUCUGUGGUUCACAGCUCCCUGGUACCCAUCAUCAGGGGGGGAUCACAUAGACUGGUGUCAAGCCACAGUGACCUGAUCCUGGAUGGGUCAGAGUCCCAUGAUCCUGAUGUGGAUCUGGGAGAGGAAGGGGAGCUGAACUACCACUGGAAAUUCAUCACUGAGAACUCUACUGAGUGGUCGUCCCAGGACCAGGAUCAGCUUGUAGGGUAUAACAGCAGCAGGUUGACUGUCCCCAGCAGGAAGCUACAGCCUGACAAGCUCUACCUCUUCACCCUCACUGUCCAAAAGGAAGGGAGGAGACCUAUCUCUACUACACAGUCUGUGGCGGUAUCUAAAGUUGCAGUGCUUCCUGUAAGUGUGGAGUGUGUUUCCUGCAGUAGUCUCUCUUCUUUCCGUGUCAGCCAGAGUCGCCCCAUUGUGCUCUCUGGUCGUUGUGAUAAGUGUGGGAGCCAUGUUCAGUACAAAUGGAGRGAAAAGGAUCAGAACGGCAUGACCCUUGACCUGAACGAGGUGACCACUACGGGCAGUCUCUCUCCUGAACUGGUGGUCCGACCGGGGGUGCUGCAGGAGGGGUGUAACUAUACCUUCACCCUAAAUGUUACCCACCCUGCUGGGGGAAGAUGGGGGUUUGCUAGCCUGACRCUCCUGCCCAACCCUCCACCCCAUGGAGGGGUGUGUACUCUUACUCCAGGUCCUGGGGAGAACAUACGCCUGCUGGAGACUGUGGUAACAUACAACUGCUCAGGUUGGCUGGAUGAGGAUAGUGAGUCCCCCCAGAUUAUCUAUAUUCUCCAGGUGGCGUCAUCAUGCCCAGGCUGGGGCCAAGCCUGUCCCCUUCUCACCCUCUACAGGGGUACCCYGCGUACAUUUGGCAGCCUGGUUCCUCUGGGGGAGGUGGGGCCAGAGAAGGACCGGUCAAUCAUCUCUGUGAUCCUGCAGGUAGAGGACCACCUGGGGUCAAAGGUCACAGCACUUAACAGAACUAUAACAGUGCUGAGACCUGUGGAUGGAGAUGGGAUCACAGCGUGGCUGAGGAACAAGAGCCAAACCGAACUAUCGGGUUUACUUCAACAGGGUAACCCACAGCAGCUCAUUSCCUAUUCCAUCGCCCUCACCAGCCAGCUCAAUCAGGUGGAUCAGACUUUGAGUGAGCAGGAUCUCAGGGACAGGAGGGAGAUCAGGGGGAAUGUGACACAGGCGCUGGCCUCUCUGUCUGUGUACUCUCUACAGGAUGCAGCCCAGAUCAGCUUAGCCCUGGCCCAGUCCACUGCAGUCCCAAGUGAGGUGGUGUGUGAGGGCUGUCAGGAGAAUGUUCUAGAAUCUGUGGGGAGAAUGAUCAGGGUUAUGGAAGAGCAGACGGGACUAGGAGAUGACACAGCCAUAGACACGGGCAGAAACAUCCUCCAUGUAAUAGGCAAUUCGUUGGCUGCUGUGUCCGAGUCCAAACUCGUCUCCUCUGGUCCUCACACUCACUCUAAUGUAUCUGAAACUGCAGUGUCAGCCCUGGACCAUGCCAGGGCUCUCAUGCGUAUUCUGAUGCGCUCGCGGCCACGCGACGAGGAACCCCUGUCUCUCUCUGCUCCACAGAUCAGUGCCGUUGGUUACCAUGGAAACCCCUCGGAACUCCUCUGCACCACUGACCCCUCGGUCAACAGCCGCCAAUCAAACCAGUCCAACAAAUGGCAWUUAAACCCUGACAAGCCAGAGUCAUACCCAGCACAUCCGCCCUGCCAGUUCCUCAUUCCCUCCUCUCUCAGUGCCCAGCUCCAGCYUCAGGUCCAGGGAUCUGAGGUGGUACAGAUUCUCCUGGGUUUGGAAGGGGGGUCUGAGUUCUUCUCAGCAGCCAACCCACCCAUUUCUACUUCUCUGGCUGCCAUGGAGUUCACCACGCCCCAGGGACAGCCCAUACCCAUUGCUAACCUGGACACUGACAGAUCUAUCAGGGUUACUUUGCCCAAAAUAUAUACUGUAGGAAGGAUCGGCGCUGGGCAUCGGGCUAGUGGUGGAAGUGGAAGUGGGUCUGGGUCUAGAUCUGGUGGAAUUGACAGAGACGAGGGAAGAGCCCCAAUGGUUAACUURACACUCCGAGCCAAAGGGUGGCUGGAUUUUACAGUGAGGGCAAUGAAGAAUAUGSAUCCCAAUGCUGGACUGUACAUCUCCUUAAACUUCAGCCUGCUUCCAGGAGCUURUCUGGUGGGCUCAGGACAUGUGAGAAUCACAGUGGCCACCCAGCCAGGUCAUCCUGCCUCCCAUGAUUCCCUAGUCAGAGAGCUGACCCUCUCCCUCUCCAGCCAGUCAUCCAUGGAGGACACCAUKUUCCUCUCUCCUCUACUUAACAGCACAGUACAAUCUCUCUUUGUGAACCUGACAUCCAGUCUGAGUGGAGCUCCAGUCCAGGCCUCAGUGUGUGUGUUCAGCUCUCUUUGUCAGUACUACAGCCUGAGGAAGAGGAGCUGGAGCACUGAGGGCCUCCGGCCACUGGAGGGCAGCACCCUCCACUCAGCACACUGCCUCACUCAGCACCUCACCAUGUUCGGGGCCAGUCUGUUUGUCCAUCCAGACGCUGUGGUGCUACUGCCACCGUCCAGUGGUCCAAUGCAUAAUGUAGUAGUGGGGAUUGUGUGUGCUGUCCUGGUUCUGAUCCACUUCCUCCUGGGUCUGAUCGCCCACAAACUGGACCACCUGGAGAGCCUGAGACUAUGCCAUGUACCACUGUGUGGCCGACCUGGACGCUACAUCUACAGAGUCCUGGUCAAAACAGGCUGGCGUCGAGGAGCAGGCACGACGGCCCACGUGGGCAUCAGUCUGUACGGGGUGACUAAAAGCGGUUCACGCCACCUGCAGUGGGAAGGGGCGUUCCAACGAAGUGGUCUGGACCUGUUCCACCUGGAGACGGACAGCAACCUGGGAGAGGUGUGGAAGAUACGCCUCUGGCAUGACAACACAGGUCUGGACCCAUCGUGGUACGUGCAGCAUGUGGUGGUGUGGGACCCUCAGACAGACCACCUGUUCUACUUCCUGGUAGAAGACUGGCUGUCUGUGGAGAACGACAGGAACGAGGGAGGAGGGACAGUGGAGAAYGAGAUGUUGGCCUCCUGUAAGUGCUACAACUCUCUUUAUCUGUCUUUACACUKAGGGAGAGCACGAUCGCCUCCAAAACAGAUUUCUCUCUCUCUCUUCAUCUAUCUCUCAGGUCCUGAGGAGCUGUCUCAGUUCCAACGUGUUCUCUCCUCCCAGCUGGCGUUUGGAAUGCUGGAGCGCCACCUGUGGCUCUCUCUGUGGGAACGCCCCGCCCACAGCCGCUURAGGCGGGGGCAGAGGGUGACGGUGUGUGCCCUCCUGCUACACCUCUACCUCGCACUAGGGGCAUUGUGGUACGGGGCUGUGGGCACAGAGGGGCAUAGUGUACCGGUUUCGGCCCGGUUGCUUGUAACCUGGGAAACGGUUGCAGUGGGGAUGACUAUUGCCAUCCUGGUGUUUCCUCUCCAGUGUCUCCUCUGCUUCCUGUUGCGAAAGACUCACAGCCAGGUAGCGGUGGAUAUGUCAGUGCCUCCAUCCCCUGUGUGUCAGUCAGUGGAGAUGGGCGUCUAUCUCGGCCAAUCAGAUCUUUCCUGCUCCUCCUUCCUGUCUUUGCCUGAAGGACCUGAUCCGUCAGGCCUGGAUGGAGACACACCCUCUUCUCUGAUGGGAAGCAAGGCAUUCAACGCUGAGUUCUGGAAUGCCACUAACCUGGCAGUGGAGAAGGAUGGAGAUGGCAUGACCCUGUGGCCCUCCUGUGACAGCCUCACUGACCUCCCAGGGCCCUCCUGGGAAAUAACCUCUGACCCCUUGGGAUCAUCCCUGGGUCAUGCCCGUCUGCUGAAGAGGAAGAAAGCCCUGAUGAAGCUAUGCCUAGCCUCACCCUCCUCACCCCGAUUUCUCAUCUCCAACCCCCCACCCUCCUCUACUGCACCUGUGGGUCCAUCCCAAUCCCUGUCUGGCCUGCAUCCAGACCAGAGACACAACCUGCAACCCAAUGUCCUUACCCUGUCUGAGGAGGACCUGUUGAGGUCUAUAGCAGCAGACACAGGAGUGUCCAACAGUCCCUCAACAUCAGACAGCGGCCGCUACUCCCCCAGGACCACCUCUCUGUCCCACAGCCAGAGCCAGGGUAGCUCCCYCAGUGGCUGGUCUGAGCUGAGUGUGGACAAACCACUCUAUGGAACAGAGAUCCACAACCUCCCCUGCUCUCCCAUCUCUCUGUAUGGGACAGGGCUGUUUAGGCCUUCCUCAUCUCUCUCUGUCUACUCCAUCGCCAGUACRUUCCUCCCCAGCCCCUCCCCUGACUCCACUGACUCUACCACACGCAUAGGUGUGGCCCGUGGCAAGCCCAGCUGGCUGCUWCCUCCCUGGGCACUGCAAGUAAUUUACCCCCUGGUUGUGUUGUUGCUGGGGGCCUGCCUGGCUGUAGUAGGCCUCUAUGGGAGUCACUUCUCUAGCUCAGUGGUCCUGAUGUGGCUCAUCUCAGCCCUGUCUGCCUUCCUCACCUCCGCUCUGCUGCUGGAGCCUCUCAAGGUGUGUGUGCAGGCCUUGUUCUAUGCUAUGGUGUUAAGGCCUGUAGACCCCGAGGUGAAUGAUCGGCUGGGGCAGGAGACCGUCAUUAAGAGGGAGGGGGGCAAGCAAGGGGGCAAGGUGCACCCCCCUUGUGGGUUCGGCCUACUGCAAGCCAAGGAGGAGGCCAGGAAAGUGAGAGCGCUACGGUCCCUCAUGAAGCACUGUGUGUGCCACAUGUUGUUCCUGUUGGUGGUGUUGAUGGUGAACUACCAGGACAGUGUUCAGGAGACCCAGGGAAGACUGCUACACUCUGCCGUCAAACACUCACUGACCACCAACCUCAACACCAUCACUGGGUGGGAGGGGGCGUGGCAGUGGAUGGACAACAUCCUGGUGCCACACCUCCAUCAGAACCCCGCCCUCCACCUGGUGGGGUUACCACGGAUAAGCUGUAUACACACUCCAGACCAUAAUAAUGGAGUCUUUCUGGGGAACAGCAGUUUUACCACACGCCAGCUUCUCUCUGGCCUACACAGCACACACUGGACCACAGCACAGUUAAAGGCUGUGUCCAUUGACUUCACCCAGUACCACAGAGAGACUAGUCUGUUUGUGUGUGUGUCUGUUCUACUAGAGAAGACCCAGAUACACACACUCAUCUCCUCCCUCUCCAUCCAUCCUCUACUCAUCCCCCCAUCCUCCUCAGGACCAGACCUGCAGAUUGCACUCAUGGUGCUCCUGCUCCUCUCUGCCAUCCUCUUUCUGGGGGUGGAGCUAUGGGCCAUGGCUACCGACUGUGCCCAGUACGUGCGUCAGGGCUGGCGCUGGUUACAGUUCCUCCUCGCCUCUUUGUCCCUGGCGAUGGCCGUGCUGCGAUUCUGCUUCCUGUCCCAGGCUGCUUCCUGUCUGUCUCAGCACCGCUCCAGACCAGACUCCUUCACUGAGUUCCACAGCGCCGCCCUGCUGGCCAGGAGGUCCACACAGAUAUCAGCCAUACUGCUCACUCUGCUGGUACUCAAGAUGGUGGGUACUCUGAGGUACGUGCGGAGGUGGGUGGUCUUUGGUCGAGUGCUUCAGCGGGCAUGGAGAGAGAUAGCUGCUGUGGCUCUACUACUGAUCUUACUGCUGCUGCUCUUCUCUCACACUGGACACAUGCUCUUCUCCAGGUCUGUGGAUGGGUUCCUGUCUGUGUACCAGGCUGGUGUGUCUGUGCUGUCUGUGCUGCGUGGUCGCCUGGUCCUGCAGAGGCUCAGCAGGGCUCACCCUGUCCUCGGACCCCUCUACGUACUCUCUCUGCUGGGGCUGGGAGGUUGGCUGCUGGCCCGUCUCUCUGGAGCUGUUCUGCUCCGCACGUACAGGGUUGUGCAGGCUGAGAUGUACAGGCCAGCCAUGGAGCCCCAGGACUAUGAGAUGGUGGAGUUCUUCAUCAAAAGACUGAAGCUCUGGAUGGGACUCAUUAAGGCCAAGGAGUUCAGACACAGGGUGAAGUUUGAGGGCAUGGUGGUGCCUCCCUCCAGAUCAUCCCAAGAAUCCUGUCUCUCCACCCUCUCAUCCUCCCUCUCCUCCCCCCAUCCCCUGUCCUCCGCCCUCUCCCUGGGUUCCGAGGACUCGGGUAUGUCCGACGCGCCGGGCUUAGACGUUCAGCUCAACCUGGACCGCCUGCUGUCUUGCGUCAACGGUCUGCUUUCACGUUUCGACCGCGUCAACCAGCUGACUGCAGACGUUCACAGUCUGGAGACCCAGCUAGAGGAGGUGCAGAGCAGGAGGAGGAAGACGAGGCCGCAGGGACUUGGAAGAGGAGAAGAGACAAGUGAAGGAAGAGCAGUAGGUAGAGGGGCGAUGGGCAGGAGGACAGCUCUGCUACCCCCUCAUUCUCGCAUCUCCCUCCCUUCCUUUCCUCCUUCUUUCAACCCCAUUACCCUUCUCUCCUGCCCUCCCUUCACCAAUCCCUCCCUCCCUCGUGUUCACAGCUCCUACUCUGAGUCUGUCGUUCUCCAGCUUCACCCACACCCACCCAGGGACACUCACCUCUCUGAGGCAACCAAGCCCACACAAAGGAGCCCUGGCCUGGGCUUGGGCACCGGGCCUUCCGUGUGUCCUGGAGCCAGGCAGUUUCCUAGACGUCGAGCCUGGCACUCAGGGAGCUCUCACUCGGCUGAUGCAGCUCAGAGGCCCCCCCAGGCCCCUGGUGGUGGUGGUAGUGGGGUCAACACGAAGGCCAGGCCCUGUAGCGAGGAGGGGGACAGGAGACGCGCCAGUGAYGGAGUGCCUGUGAAGAGACGGGCCUGGAUCUCAGAGGGGCCUGAGACAGACAUAGACUGAAACUGAGAGGGACUGAGACAGAGAUUAAAGUGCCUAUUACUGUGGGUAUACAGUAUCUAGUGUAUGAACCUCCAAGGUUCCAGCUGUGACUUGUGCAGUACUACUUCAAGAGACACGUUUUCCCACUGUUGUCUACCACUUUACUAGUGCUUCUGCAUUAGGUAUUCUACAUACGUAUGCUGAGGUUGUAUACCUUGUACUUCUUGUGUAUCUACUCUAUAAUAAACAUUUAAAUAGAGGAUUCUUUUGUAAUCUCCAAGAACUGCGGAAUAUAUUUUUCCUGCUGAUUAAUACCAGAAGUAACAUUGGGUUUGGUGUUUAAUAUCCUCUAUCUGUAACAAGUAGUGACACACAGCAUUAAAUAAUC